AUGGCUCCACGGGUGCCUCCACAGCUGCCUCAACGAACAAUUGCUGAAAUGGAUACAGAAUUUGAUGAGCUUGCCUCUAUUUUAUCCAAAGAUCCAAGGGACCAAUUGACCUCUGGUAUAGGUGAAAUAACAACCAGGUUACAUUCACGUGGCUUUCGAACUGACAAUGAACGUGAUCAAUUUGAUUCAGACAUGGCACUGGAUGAAAAUAAUCAAAUAAAUGUUGUAACACACAACACUGAAGGCCUUGCUAAGAGUGGAAGAAAACUUACAAUUAACAAUCAACUUCGCAAGAGAAGAGCAAAAGGAAAGCAUAUUGAUAUAAAGUUCCCUAAAGAAUUUGCAAAAGUGUGUGGAGAACAUGCUAGUUUAUUUAAAAGUGAGAUAACAGCUCUUGUAAGAACUGUACCACUCCAAGUGAAGAAGUGGAGGGACAUGGAUAAGUUUCAUCCUGGUACUACUACAUCUGUUUGGAGAAAACUAAAGCAAAAGUUUCCUGAGCUUUCAGAAGAAGAUAAAGAUUGUGCCAUGGGACAAGUAGAGAGUCAAUAUAAUAAUCGGCGUUACCGUCUACUUCAAACUUACCAAAACAACAAGCCAAGGACACAACAUGUCUCACCAAAAGGUUGGCAAUGGUUGAUAAGGAAUUUGUGGACGGAUGAUGAUUUUCAGCGAGACCCAGAAACUGGUGAAUGGCCUACUGCUAUGCAAGUUUGGAGGGCUACAUAUCAAAAGGCUGAUGGGACAUGGUCCAUUCCAACGGGUGAAGAAAUAAUGUUUGUUUUUAAUGCUUUGCAAACCAAACUACAUGAAGCUGCUGGGAUACAUCAAGAAAAGAUUUCUUCUGCACCCAUGCCAAUAGUGGAGCACUUCGCACUAGUUCUUGGUCAAAAGCCAAACCAUUCACGUGGUGUUGGCAUUCGUGCUGUAAACCGAUUGGUUGAGGAAAGAAUCAGAUUGCAGGCACAAAUUGAGGCUUCUGAACAGCGUGAAGCUGCUGCUCGAGCACGUGCAGAUGCUACUGAGCAACGUGCUGAGGCUGCUGAGCAACGAGCACAAGCUUUGGAAAGCCAAGUUUCCACGGUGGUCGAAACAAAUGCACAACUGCAAGAAGAGCAGCAAUCCCAACGUGAUGAGCUGAGUUCUUUGCAUCAAGCACAGAGGGGAGAAGUUGCUCACCUAGCGAGAGAACAACUUGAUCAUCAAAUGGCUGAAUGA